AUGGCUCCCAUGUGCCCUACGUUGAGGUCCCGCAGGCGGCCCCAGGGGGUUUAUCUGAAGUGGGCCCUGAACCCACCCAAAGCACGCCGCCGCGGGGAUGCCCGUAGCCUCGGGCUGACCGGAAACGACGCCAAGUCGCCAGUCGGUCCGGCGUACGGUGACGCGGAGGUGCUUGACGUGGGCCAGGAGGUUGGCGUGGUGCGAAAAGACGGCGUGGUAUUUGGAUAUCGGCGCGAAGAAACGAACGCGGCGGAACCUCUUCUCCCACUGCAGUUCCCGGUUCCGAUCCAAGAAGCCUUGGUCAGCCGAGCCCGCCGAGGAGUUCAGCAGGGUAGAGCGCGGGUCGCUGCGGAACUGAUAGUUGCGUUCGGCCUCGAACAUGAUGGGCCGUGCUUCCGUCAGCAAUCGCCUACAGGAGAGCAGCAUGUUCAACGACAUGCAUGGCUCCUCAUAAAAGUCGGGGCGCUCGUUUGGCUGCGUACAGCCGGGGGCUGCAUGUGCGAGCUCAGGGACUAUGUCGGGAAUUUCAGCUCCGUGUUCAUCGCCGGGCUUGCCGCGGAGGUCAUCAUCUGGGUCGCCUUCAUGAUCCAAUCGAAGACGGAAGUUGUGGGUUUUCCUGGAGUACGCGCCAGCAGACGGAGUGGCGGUCAGGGUGAAGGACGCGAGAGCAUUCCGAUAGAUCUGGAGCCGUAG